AUGGCGGAUAAUGAAGUUCUUGGUACAGUUCCCCCUGCGGUUCCUCCGAGAAGACAACGGUCGAUAGCUAUGCACGGGUCACACCACGAUUCAUUUACAGACAAAUACACAGAGAAACCAGCUAUUGCUUUACACUCCAAUUUAUCACAAGAGACGUCUACAAUGACCGUCAGCUCGCCACAAUUACAUUCCCCAAAGUCUCCCCGUUCACUGAGUUUUAUGAGCUCCCAGUCAGAAAAUUUUGCAUAUGUUUGUGAUGUCGCUGGUAAUUUGGUGACUUCUGGCAACACCAUUAAUGUUAUCAUGAAGUGUCUGAUUAAGACGGAAAGUUCGCCGACGCCAAAAGAGAGUGAGACUGAAUUAUAUGACCGGAUAGAUAACAGAGAAAUGACUUCUAAAGACAAAGAGCAUUACCGUCGUGUUGUCGACGAGUAUUAUCAAACUGAAAUUACACACAUCAAAGGGCUUGAAAUUCUUAAAGCAGUGUAUUUAGAACCGAUGAUGAAAGUAGCGUCAAAGAAUGACCAUGAAUUUCUCUAUGACUUGUUGUGUCAAAUAGACAUCAUCAUUCAA